CUACAUAAAAAUACCUUGAGGAAAAAAAAUGACAUUUCUUUUUAGAAGAAGGAUUUUCAGCAGAACUGUAUAUCAUGUUGUCAAUUCAGCACUGAUGGUUCCUGCAUCCUCCACAACAGGGCACAGGUCGCUUUACGUCGGUGAACAGGCCUCGCUAAGCAAAACAUUCAGUGCCAGAGACGUUGCACUUUUUGCUGAGCUGACGGGGGACACAAAUCCUCUCCAUGUCGACCCGGAGUAUGCCAAAACAACUUCAUUUGAGGCCCCCAUUGUUCACGGAGUGCUGAUUAAUGGUCUGAUCUCAGCAGUUCUUGGGACGAAGUUACCCGGUAAAGGCUGCGUGUUUCUCUACCAGGAAAUACGCUUUCCAGCGCCGCUCUUCAUCGGAGAGGAGGUUGUGGCGGAAGCUAAGGUCAAAAAGAUCAAAAUGUCCUUCGCUUUUAUUUCUGUUUCCUGCGCUGCCAAAGACAAAGUGGUCAUGGAGGGAGAGGUCAUGGUCAUGAUGCCGCAGAACAAACAACAAGCAUGAGGAAUUUGAGUUUUUGUGUGCUGCCAGGAAUUUAAUGUUCGUUCUUGAUUAUUUUUGUUCUUGCUCAGAGAUUUAAUGUUCGUUUUGGGUUUGAUCUCUGGGUUAAAGUUUCAAUAAACUUUGCGAGAUUAAA